AUGAGUCUUCAAAGUAUUAUUUUCUCCAGUCGAACCGUGCUCUCGGAUCUGUCGACUCUCUUGGGCUCGUCAGAGGGAGCCACGCUCGCGGAUGGGAAUUCUGCAUGUGCCGAUCAGAGCACCGGAGCUGAUCAUCAGGCUGGCUCAAGCUCAACGCUACAAGACAUCCCACGCAUCUGGAGUCUACUUUUCGAAAAGACGGAGCCUACACCCACGCUGCCAUUGGAACCGUUGCGUCUCGUGCCCGGGAAAUUGAUAUACUUCAAAGCCUCGCAUUUCGAGCUCAUCCGUAGUAAGGACUCAACCGACUCUCCUAGGGUUGGCGAGGGCGCCUGCUAUAUUGUCGAGAAGCGCAGGCUAUCUGCUCUCCAUGGAGGCUCUGUGAUAGCCGUCAAGACACCAAAGCUCCGCCGGUCAGCCUCAUCGAAUGCCGUCGCCUCUCUCGUCCUACGGGAGCUUCAAAUCCUUACUCAUCCACCGCUUCAAGCGAACGACAACAUUGCAUCCAUCAUAGGGUACUACUCGUCCCAAGUCAUCGACGACAGCUCGCUUGGACUGAGUCUCGUGACGGAACUCGCGAGCCAUGGAACUCUGAGUGACUAUCUUCGUCGACCUUUGAUCGAGGGCCGUGGGCCGCAUGCGCUGACAACAAAGCUCGGUUUGCUCCAUGAUGUGGCCAGUGGUCUGGAGGCACUCCAUGCCUGCGGCAUCGUCCAGGGCGAUGUUAAGACCGAAAAUGUGCUGGUCUUCGAUGCCAAGGAUGACAAGUACGGCCAAGUGACAGCGAAAUUGUCUGAUUUUGGACACGCCAUCACAUUUCACAAAGACAAACUUGACGAGAAGAAGCUCUAUCUUGGGACUCUGGUUCUCAAUGCACCCGAGGCAAGACACCGGGAUGCUGUCGCAGCCCGAGACCUUUGGAGAUGUGACGUCUUUUCAUAUGGACUUGUAAUCUGGGAAACCAUUAUCGACGGUGCCAGAUACUUUUCUGCUGUUGACGACCCAGCUCUCCAGAACGGCGUAAUCGACUGGCUAGAUUCUUUGCCGCAAGACGAGAUGAUUCGACUAGCCACGAUCUCUCUCAAUCAGACCUACGGUUCCCUGGAACGACCAUUACUAGACACGACUGAGCGGAUAUUGAAAGCCUCACUACGAGAUGACAGUAGUAACAGAAAAGAAGUGAAGGACAUCACUAGAAUUCUCCGUCAGCAGACUUUCCUGGCGGCCAUUGCUCGUGCUCGAUCUGCAGACAAAGCUAUUCCGGCCCAACCCUUUGCACCCGACGGGGGAGCCUCCCGUGAUAUGGUCCGUCAGGAUGGGCUCGACAUGGUUCCCAUGCCAGUCCGCGAGUCGAUUGUGCAGCAACUAGAGAGGACAUCACUGAGUCACGAUGCAUCCACGCCGAUCCGGCAAUCUGCGCACCUUGACCUUGCGUUUGCGUCUUUCUGCAACUUCAGAGGCAAGGCUGAUCCGUCGCGGGGCAUGAAACAUCUUCGAGAUGCCGCAGCGAUGGGCUCGAGCGUAGCCCUCGCCAUCUACUGCCGCUUACAGGGCGUUUUUGACACCGAAAUGAGUCUCGCUGACACGGAGUUGUCACCGCCCCUAUCUGAUCUGAGAACGAGGCUCCUGGCGCUGCCGGGUGGCUCUCCGCUCUCGACUUGGCUGCGUGCCAUCGAAGCUUAUCACCAGCGUCAGGCACUACAGACUAGGGUACGUGUAACCCUCGGUGAUCAAAUGCUCAUAGAUGGGGUAUUCCUGGACGCCAUUGAGAUGAAUUCAGGACAUCCUGACGGAUUGGAUGUCGAAGCCUUGACGGCCACUGUUGUCAGUUCUGUUGAUACGCAGGCAAACCCUUGCUUCGAGUCCCCUUUGCUAGUCGGCAUUGCUUGUCGACUCGGCAAUCUCGAUCUUGUUAAACAAAUCCUUGCUUUACAUUCGCCCCAGCAUUUUCCAGAGAAGAGCCGUUACCUGGUUGGCAACUGUCUUGUUCAGGCCUGUCGAGGUGGUCACAUCCAUGUAGUGGAAUACCUAUUACGGCACGUUGCUGAGCCCUACUUUUUGUGGCCAGAAAGCGACACAGGCAUUCACUGGCUAUUCAUGAUUCAGUCUGAAGAGCAGCAGAGAGCUCUGGAUCUGAUGACUAACACCUCUCAUAUGUGGCAUACCAGUUUGUUCCACAGGGUGCCGGAGCCGGGCGUCCAUGUUGGCCUUGCCACACUGACUGGCUCUCCCAUCGAGUUUGCAACCGCUGUCGGUGCAACUUCAACCGUGGAGCUACUCGUUACCAGGAUCACCGAGCUGCAGCAAAAGGGUUUCCUUAGCCAAGUGACUGAGGUCCAGUUUCGCCAAGCCAUUAUGAGACAUGUAGCCUCAUCGGUCGAAGCUCUGCUACCACUGGAAAUACGCCGGCGUAGAGGCCACAAUAUCGAAUCAGCGUUGGCCCGCCUAAGAUUGUCGCAAGGAAAGACAGAGUUUCGACCAUUUGGCAUCUUCGAUGUAGGCCGCUCUGUCAGCUCUCUGUCUUUAGCUCUUCUGCACGGGUCCGCGAAAGCCAUGUCUCGAGCCAUAGAACAUACCAUCGACGUGAUAUUGACAUCGAAAAUUGCGCAUAUCAACGAUGUCGAUGAUACUGAUAUGGCCCAGACGCCUCUGAUCGACGCUGUGCGAUGGGCGCCGUGCUCCUUCGACACCGAGAUCUUGGCGUCAUUCAUCUCAAGGGGCGCCCAUCUGGGGGAUAUGCCCGCACCUGUGAUCCUCUCAAGACUCAUAGCACCAAGACCAACCGGAACAAAGUGUCCUGUCAUGCGAAGACUGGUAGAGGCUGGGUUGCUGAAGAUCAACGACAGCCUCAUUUUGCAAGCCGUCGAGACUGCCGACGUCGAGAUUGUUAGCGCCCUCCUCGACUAUCAACUCGUCCCUUCCUUGAACCGACCACUCAAAGUGCGGGGCGAUGCUACCGGAAUCACCCUGUUACAAGCGGCUGUGCUCAUCCCAGGUGGUGCAGGCCUUGUGCGUUUCCUCAUCGAGAAAGGGGCAGACAUUGACGAGGCUGGAGAUAGUCUGUCGCCGCUCGAGCUAUCCCUGAUAAAACCAUCCGAUCCAGACGUCAUUGAUCUCUUAGUGAACAAAGGAGCUGAUCUCAAGGCGUCCGGAUAUCCAACUGUGAUCCAUCUGGCAGCUAGUCUUGAUGUCUUCGUCAACGGCAGCCAUGUCCUUUCACACCUCUUGCGCCACGAGAGGGUUCGAGCAAGGCUGGCAGAAAGCCAGGUCACUCAGCAAGGUGACAUCAUAUUCUCUCCGGUGCAUGUAGCGUGCUUGGUAGCCAAUGUAGAAGCCGUGGCGGCGCUCUUCGAGGUAGGUGUCCAGCUGCCACAUAAUGAUGGAACGAUGGACGUUCUCGCGCAAAGUAUACUCGCAGCGAAACGACCGCACCUGAACAAGCUGCUCCGUGUCCCAGAAGAUGACCAAGAUGCAGUGUUUCAGUGGAAGGCAAGAUCGGAACGGUUGAUACUGUACCUAUUGGAUCGGCUUGAGAGCAAUCAUGGUCAAACACCGCUUCACGUCGCCUGUCAAGUCGGCAAUCUCCGUCGUGUUCAGGAUUUGAUCGAAGAGGACUUUAGAGCUCUUUUCGCUACGGACUCUCAUGGCCGUCUUCCUAUUGAUUUCCUCGAGGACCCAAUUCUUCUUGAGGAACAACGGUCUGACCGCGAAGACAUUUCAGAACAUACUGUCUCAAAUGCACAGCAACUGCUCAAUUAUAUCGAAAUGGCCGUGGAUAGGAAACUUUUCUCCGCUGCAGAAGAGUUCAUGUCGCAGAAUAUGGAUGAAGAGAACCUCAACCACCUCAAAUCUCGUUUGUCCCUGGGACAGACACCGGCAAAUGAUGUGUCUAAUGGUGAUUCUACAAGAGCCGCUAGGCCAAGCACCGACUUACGAAUUGUCUCCGAGCCAGAGCCCCUGGGUCACGGAGAGAGUUUCAGCGCGCUCGCAGAGAAAUUAGCAGAGAGUGGCAGGGAAGGAAGAGCCAGUUCGGUCCAAGAGGGCGCCGAUGCUUGCUUCCUUGACGGAAACAUGGACCCGGAAGAGGCGCUGCCUAUUGUAAGGGAACUUUUUGGGCGAAGAAUUCAGCAGCUCGGCGAGCUUCAUGAAGAGACUCUGGAGGUUAAUGAAACACUCUUGGAACUCGUCGGCAUCCUCAACCGACAAGAUGAAGCCGCGGAUAUGGUGGCUCAGCUGCUUAGACGGCGGCGAAAGAUACACCAGCAGGACGAUACACGAAUAUUUGAGAGCUGGCGAGACAGCGUCAUCGUAAUGCUGAAUGAGGGAAAAAACGAGGAGUCUGAGAAAGAACUGUGCAAGGCCAUGAGCGCUGCAAAAAGCUCUCUCGGUGCGUCCCACCUGUCAUAUUUAUUGUUCGUGCCAAUCCAAGCCACAUUUGAAUGCUUGCGUGGCAACUACAGUGAGUGUUUAUUGACCAACAAGCGGCUCCUGGAGACUCUCAAAGCAAGGGAGCAUCAGACUCAACGUGGAAUAAGCCUCCGAUCAGAGGUAUUGGUGCAUUUAUGCUACCACGGCCUGGGUGAGGGUGACAUGGACACCGUGAGAAAACACAUGACUGCUGCGUUAGAGUGCCUGAAUCACACCGAACCACGUCGUUUCCUAGCCAAUUUCGACGUGAUGCGGAGUCUGGCGACGGCAAUCGAGGAGGCCGAUGUCGUCCUUUCUCAAACGUUGUGGGAAGAGCUUGUGAGCAUCUGUGUGAGCCGCUGUGAGCCUCAAGGCUAUUGCAUAGUCGAGUCACGACGGCAUCUGGCCCGGAUUCUUAUGAGCCGCGACAUGUUCCAAGACGCCUAUGAUCAGUACCACCAACUCACUCAAGCUAUACUUGUUCGCAAGGGCCAAGACGAUGAGGCAACACUCCUGGCGUCAACGGAUGAGGCACGGGUGCUGCACAAACUGAACCUCAACCCGGCUGCCUUGAAUCUGCUUCGCCCGGCGAUCAGAGGGCUUGAGAAAAGAAAAAGCGGACGUGAUGAGGAUAUAAAAACGCUCGAGGCGAAAGUGUUGCUAGCGCAGAUACUGCUUGCGCUAGAUGAUCUAGACGAAUGGGAGGUCGUGGCCCGCGAAGUAGCCGGCGAAUACGCGCAACGGCAGCCUACAAGCGACGUCGCUGUGGAUUCCAAGCGAACUCUGGCUGUGACCCUAAGCAGGACGGGCAGGUCUUCAGAGGCGAGCCACAUAGCUGAGGAGUGCCUUGAGAUCACGACCGAAGUACACCAAGAGAACCAUCCGCGGACCAUGGCUAUUGUUGCCGAGGCACAGCUGUACCUAGUGCGAUGUGAGCAAUGGGCCCCGAGUGUACGCAUGGCCGAGAGAGGAUUGGCCAUUGCAAAAGCCUUGCACGGAGAGUCGAGCCAUGAGGUUGCUGGCUGGCUCCAUCUUCUCGGAACCAGCAUGGGCCUGGCCGAUAUGGAAGGGGGGCUCGAAUUAUUGCUGCAAUCGAUCGAUAUGACGGUACAACUGGCUGGAGGAGCGCACAGCCGCUCGUCAUUGACUAGCAUGUGGUCUGCCGGAGGUCACUUGCGUAAAAGAUCGCCCCAGAAGGCCUUGAAGAUGUUCUGCGAGGUGCUCGAAUCCUGCGACUCACUCGACGAUGAGCCGCGGAGUCUCAAAAUUCGAGUCCGCACAGACAUCGGCCGCUGCUAUGCUGACUUGGAGCAGUACACCGAAGCGCUUCCCCAUCUCGAGCAGUCUCUCCGGGAAUCACGACAACUCUGGGGAGAUUCGGCCAGAGAGACGGUUUCAGUCCUUGACUCCCUUGUAAACGUGCUAUUGCCUAUGGGAAGAGCGAAGGAAGCGCUUGCACUUGCGCACGAGGUACUCGAUUUCUUCGAGUCGACAACGGCGCGCUCAGAGGACGAGCUGAUCGACGCCAAGAGCCGUCUUGCCGAUGUAUACUACAGUCUGGGUAAGUGCUCGGCCGCUGAGCGCCUUUGGGAGCAGGCCCUCAAGGACCUCACCGAGCUUGGUGAUGAAGCAGAUCAAGACAAGGUAGCCAGCUACCGCCAUAGCCGCGCGCGUGCUUUGGUUGAAAUCCUUGACUUUGAAGAAGCUGCGAACAUCUCAUCGCUAGCCUUUGACUAUUACCAGCGUACGAAGGGGCCUGAAGCAGAAGAGACGCUCUCAGUCUCCAUAACUAGGGCGUACAUCAAUAGCCUCUUGGGCAACAAGGCUGCUUCUGAGACGACUCUACUUGGUAUUAUCGAGUUAUCGAAGCGGACUCAAGGUCUUGACUAUGUUGUCGGCCACGCCGAGGCAAAGCUAGGAGGGCUUUGGAUCGAAAUGGGCAAACACCAAGAAGCAGAGAAAGUCUUAUUGAGAGCUGUGCAGCGCAUCGAGACAGACUUUACAGCACGCCAUCUACUAUGUAGAACGUACAAAGAGCAGAUGAAGUACGAAGCGGCUGAGGAACAGGCGGCUAUGCUGCUUUCCAUGGUAUCAGAAGAUGUGGAUGAAGAGGCCAUUGACGCGGAGCUUCGGCUUUUUGAAUUAUAUGCGGCCAUGGAUGACUUUGAUAAAGCCCAAGCAUGGGCCGACUCGCUCUUUGACCGCCUCAAACACUUGACGGACUACCAGGGUAAUCCACUUGAUGUCGCUAGUGCUCUACAGCACUUGAUCAAGUUCUUUGAAAGGACCAAAGAUGAGCAAAGACUGUUUGAAGCACAGGUUGUGGCUUUCGGGUCAAUUCUUCUGAUACACCGAGGACGAGGCAGAUCGAAUGGACAAACUAAUAACCUCAGCUGUAUGGACCCUAUCCGCACCAACCUCACUGCUGCUGUGGCGCUAUUAGUAGUAGGGCAAGCAAUCGACCAGUAUGACCCAACAGAGCGAGCCAAUCCGAUCUUUAUUGGCGUUAAGCCAGGGAGGGACUCUUCUUUCAAAGAUAAGCUUAUGGAAGUUACGAAGACUGUUACAACAGCCGGUUGGAUUCAUGCAAAUAACAAUUGGCUUGAGCCGUUUUUGCAAUCGCAAUCCCCCACUAAUAAGGCUAUCUUCUAUGAUAAAUUAAGCAAGUCAUUCAAUGAAAAGACCGUAGCUCUGGUUCCCAAAGAGCAUCGGCAGCGAAUGAUCCACUCUUUACUAAAGCGAAAAGCGCAAACAGGCACUGUUACUAGAAUCUACAGAACCACAACCUUUUAUUACUAA